CCAUUCUUUGUUUUAAAUAUCCUAUUCCAGAUAAAGGUUCCUUCAUUCUCAGAGACUCUGUCAGCCCUGAAUGUGGUUCAGGUGGCUGGUGGUUCUAAGAGCUUGUUUGCAGUGACUGUGGAAGGGAAGGUAUAUUCUUGUGGAGAAGCCACAAAUGGCCGGCUAGGCCUGGGUAUGUCUAGUGGUACCGUUCCUAUUCCUCGGCAGAUUACAGCCCUCAGCAGCUACGUGGUCAAGAAGGUAGCAGUUCACUCAGGUGGCCGACAUGCUACAGCCUUAACCGUGGAUGGGAAAGUGUUUUCAUGGGGUGAAGGUGAUGAUGGGAAACUUGGACACUUCAGCAGAAUGAACUGUGACAAGCCCAGACUGAUAGAGGCCCUGAAAACCAAGCGGAUCAGGGACAUAGCCUGCGGGAGUUCUCAUAGUGCAGCCCUGACAUCCAGUGGGGAGUUGUACACCUGGGGCCUUGGCGAGUAUGGCCGACUGGGACAUGGGGAUAAUACAACCCAGUUGAAGCCCAAAAUGGUAAAAGUUCUUCUUGGUCACAGAGUAAUCCAGGUUGCAUGUGGAAGCAGAGAUGCACAGACAUUGGCCCUGACUGAUGAAGGUUUGGUGUUUUCCUGGGGUGAUGGUGAUUUUGGAAAAUUGGGCCGAGGAGGAAGUGAAGGCUGUAAUAUUCCCCAGAACAUUGAGAGACUAAAUGGCCAGGGGGUAUGCCAGAUUGAGUGUGGAGCUCAGUUUUCUUUGGCACUCACCAAAUCGGGAGUGGUGUGGACAUGGGGGAAAGGAGACUACUUCAGACUGGGUCAUGGCUCUGAUGUGCAUGUGCGCAAGCCACAGGUGGUGGAAGGACUGAGAGGGAAAAAGAUUGUGCAUGUGGCAGUUGGAGCUCUGCAUUGCCUAGCAGUCACAGACUCAGGGCAGGUGUAUGCUUGGGGGGACAAUGACCACGGCCAACAAGGCAAUGGCACAACCACAGUUAACAGAAAGCCAACACUUGUGCAAGGCCUGGAGGGUCAGAAGAUCACGCGAGUGGCUUGUGGGUCAUCGCAUAGCGUAGCAUGGACGACAGUGGAUGUAGCCACACCAUCUGUCCAUGAGCCUGUCCUCUUCCAGACCGCAAGAGACCCACUAGGUGCUUCUUACUUAGGCGUGCCUUCAGAUGCUGAUUCUUCUUCUUCCAGCAAUAAGAUCAGUGGUGCGAAUAACUGUAAGCCUAAUCGCCCUUCUCUUGCCAAGAUCCUCCUAUCACUGGAAGGAAACCUGGCCAAGCAGCAGGCCUUAUCUCACAUCCUUACAGCACUGCAGAUCAUGUAUGCCAGAGAUGCAGUGGUUGGAGCCUUGAUGCCAGCCGGCAUGCUCGCCCCAGUGGAGUGCCCCUCAUUCUCCUCCUCGGCACCUGCUUCUGAUGUAUCAGCAAUGGCCAGUCCCAUGAAUAUGGAGGAAGGCAUACUGGCUGCUGAUCUUGAGGACAGACUGAGUCCAAAUAUGUGGCAAGAAAAGAGAGAGAUCGUCUCCUCUGAGGAUGCUGUGACCCCCUCUGCAGUAACACCAUCUGCUCCCUCAGCCUCCUCUCGACCAUUUAUCCCAGUGACAGAUGACCCAGGAGCUGCCAGCAUCAUUGCAGAAACCAUGACUAAAACCAAAGAGGAUGUUGAAAGCCAAAAUAAAACCUCAGGCCCAGAGCCCCAGUCCUUGGAUGAGUUCACCAGUCUGCUGAUCCCUGAUGACACCCGGGUGGUGGUAGACCUGCUCAAGCUGUCAGUGUGCAGCAGGGCUGGAGACAGGGGCAGGGAAGUGCUUUCUGCUGUGCUAUCCGGCAUGGGCACUGCCUACCCACAGGUGGCAGACAUGUUGUUGGAGCUCUGUGUCACUGAGUUAGAAGAUGUGGCCACAGACUCACAGAGUGGCCGUCUUUCUUCCCAGCCUGUGGUAGUAGAGAGUAGCCAUCCCUAUACAGAUGACACCUCUACCAGUGGCACAGUGAAGAUACCAGGUGCAGAAGGACUCAGGGUGGAGUUUGACCGGCAGUGCUCUACAGAGAGGCGCCACGAUCCUCUCACUGUCAUGGAUGGUGUCAACAGGAUUGUGUCGGUGCGGUCAGGUCGAGAAUGGUCUGACUGGUCAAGUGAGCUUCGCAUCCCUGGAGAUGAGCUGAAGUGGAAGUUCAUCAGUGAUGGGUCUGUGAAUGGGUGGGGCUGGCGCUUCACAGUUUAUCCCAUCAUGCCAGCCGCAGGCCCUAAGGACCUCCUCUCGGAUCGCUGUGUCCUCUCCUGUCCGUCCAUGGACCUAGUGACUUGUCUCCUGGACUUCCGACUCAAUCUCACCUCCAACAGAAGCAUUGUCCCUCGCCUUGCUGCCUCUCUGGCUGCAUGUGCUCAGCUGAGUGCCCUAGCUGCCAGCCACAGAAUGUGGGCUCUUCAGAGACUGAGGAGACUGCUCACCACAGAAUUUGGGCAGUCAAUUAACAUAAACAGGCUGCUGGGAGAGAAUGAUGGGGAAACAAGAGCUUUGAGCUUUACAGGCAGUGCUCUUGCUGCUUUGGUGAAAGGCCUUCCAGAAGCUUUGCAGAGGCAGUUUGAGUAUGAAGAUCCUAUUGUGAGAGGUGGCAAGCAGCUGCUCCAUAGUCCAUUCUUCAAGGUGCUAGUAGCUCUUGCUUGUGACUUGGAAUUAGACACACUCCCUUGCUGUGCAGAGACCCAUAAAUGGGCUUGGUUCCGAAGAUACUGCAUGGCCUCCCGUGUUGCUGUGGCCCUGGACAAAAGAACACCAUUGCCUCGUCUGUUUCUUGAUGAGGUUGCUAAGAAGAUUCGUGAAUUAAUGGCAGAUAGUGAAAGUAUGGAUGUUCUCCAUGAAAGCCACAGCGUCUUUAAAAGAGAGCAAGAUGAGCAACUUGUGCAGUGGAUGAACAGGCGACCGGAUGACUGGACUCUUUCUGCUGGUGGUAGCGGAACCAUUUAUGGAUGGGGGCAUAAUCAUAGGGGGCAGCUUGGAGGGAUUGAAGGUGCAAAAGUAAAAGUUCCCACUCCAUGUGAAGCACUUGCAACUCUCAGACCAGUGCAGUUAAUUGGAGGAGAGCAGACACUGUUUGCUGUGACAGCUGAUGGGAAGCUCUAUGCUACUGGCUAUGGUGCUGGUGGAAGACUGGGGAUUGGAGGGACAGAGUCAGUGUCUACUCCAACGUUACUGGAGUCCAUUCAACAUGUGUUCAUUAAGAAAGUUGCUGUGAACUCAGGAGGAAAACAUUGCCUUGCUCUCUCUUCAGAAGGAGAAGUUUACUCUUGGGGUGAGGCAGAAGAUGGGAAGUUGGGACAUGGCAACAGAAGUCCAUGUGACCGCCCUCGUGUCAUUGAGUCUCUGAGAGGAAUUGAAGUGGUUGAUGUUGCUGCUGGUGGAGCCCAUAGUGCCUGUGUCACAGCAGCUGGAGACCUCUACACGUGGGGCAAAGGCCGAUAUGGCCGCCUGGGGCAUAGUGACAGUGAGGACCAGUUAAAGCCAAAACUGGUGGAAGCGCUACAGGGGCAUCGUGUCAUAGACAUUGCAUGUGGCAGUGGUGAUGCCCAGACACUGUGCCUCACUGAUGAUGAUACUGUCUGGUCCUGGGGAGAUGGAGACUAUGGCAAGCUUGGCAGAGGAGGCAGUGAUGGCUGCAAAGUACCCAUGAAGAUUGAUUCUCUCACUGGCCUUGGAGUAGUUAAAGUGGAAUGUGGAUCUCAGUUUUCUGUCGCUCUUACCAAGUCUGGAGCUGUCUAUACAUGGGGUAAAGGUGAUUAUCACCGGCUGGGCCAUGGAUCUGAUGACCACGUUCGGAGACCUCGGCAGGUUCAAGGACUGCAGGGGAAGAAAGUCAUUGCUAUCGCCACUGGCUCCCUGCACUGUGUGUGCUGCACAGAGGAUGGUGAAGUUUACACAUGGGGUGACAAUGAUGAGGGCCAGCUAGGAGAUGGAACAACGAAUGCUAUUCAGAGACCACGAUUGGUAGCUGCCCUUCAGGGUAAGAAGGUCAACCGCGUGGCCUGUGGUUCUGCACACACCCUUGCCUGGUCAACCAGCAAGCCAGCGAGUGCUGGCAAGCUCCCUGCACAGGUACCCAUGGAGUACAACCAUUUACAAGAGAUCCCCAUCAUUGCUCUACGGAACCGACUGCUGCUGCUGCAUCAUAUCUCAGAGCUCUUUUGUCCCUGCAUCCCCAUGUUUGACCUAGAGGGCUCUCUUGAUGAGACUGGACUCGGGCCGUCAGUUGGGUUUGACACACUCCGAGGGAUCUUAAUAUCUCAGGGAAAGGAAGCAGCUUUCAGAAAGGUAGUACAAGCAACUAUGGUGCGAGAUCGACAGCAUGGGCCUGUGGUGGAGCUGAACCGUAUCCAGGUUAAACGCUCUAGGAGUAAAGGUGGAUUAGCUGGACCUGAUGGCACCAAGUCUGUCUUUGGGCAGAUGUGUGCUAAGAUGAGUUCUUUCAGUCCUGACAGCCUUCUCCUUCCUCACCGAGUCUGGAAAGUCAAGUUUGUUGGUGAAUCCGUGGACGACUGUGGCGGUGGCUACAGUGAGUCCAUAGCAGAGAUUUGUGAGGAGCUACAGAACGGACUCACUCCCCUUCUGAUUGUGACUCCCAAUGGCAGGGACGAGUCUGGUGCCAACAGAGACUGUUACCUAUUGAACCCUGCCACCCGGGCACCCGUGCACUGCAGCAUGUUCCGAUUCCUAGGGGUGUUACUGGGCAUUGCCAUCCGAACUGGGAGUCCGCUGAGUUUGAAUCUUGCUGAGCCUGUAUGGAAGCAGCUGGCUGGGAUGAGCCUUACCAUUGCAGACCUGAGUGAGGUUGAUAAAGAUUUUAUUCCUGGACUCAUGUACAUUCGUGACAAUGAAGCCACUUCAGAGGAGUUUGAGGCUAUGAGCCUGCCCUUCACCGUGCCAAGUGCCAGUGGCCAGGACAUCCAGCUAAGCUCCAAGCACACGCACAUCACCCUGGACAACCGUGCAGAGUAUGUCCGGCUGGCAAUAAACUACAGACUCCAUGAAUUUGACGAGCAAGUGGCUGCUGUCCGGGAAGGGAUGGCUCGAGUUGUGCCUGUACCCCUUCUCUCUCUUUUCACUGGAUAUGAACUGGAGACAAUGGUAUGUGGGAGUCCAGACAUCCCACUGCAUCUUUUAAAGUCAGUGGCAACGUAUAAAGGGAUUGAACCUUCUGCCUCCUUGGUCCAGUGGUUCUGGGAGGUGAUGGAAUCUUUCUCUAAUACGGAACGCUCCCUCUUUCUUCGCUUUGUGUGGGGCCGGACAAGGUUGCCCAGGACCAUUGCUGACUUCCGGGGCAGAGACUUUGUCAUCCAGGUCUUGGAUAAAUACAACCCUCCUGAUCACUUCCUUCCAGAGUCAUACACAUGCUUCUUUCUGCUGAAGCUGCCCAGGUAUUCCUGCAAGCAGGUGCUUGAGGAAAAGCUGAAGUAUGCCAUCCACUUCUGCAAGUCCAUAGACACAGAUGACUAUGCUCGCAUAGCUCUCACCGGAGAGCCAGCUGCCGACGACAGCAGUGAGGACUCAGAUAAUGAGGAUGCCGACUCUUUUGCAUCAGACUCUACACAAGACUACUUGACAGGACACUAAGAUGGAAACACCAUCAGGAAGAGAUGUAACUGAACAAGCAGGAAGCGUCCUGCUGUGUAAAUUGUAAAUGUCGAGUACACCUGAUGAAGAAUAUCACUCUUUGAAGUGUAUGGUACAGAGAGAGACUGGCUGGCUGAGAGUACUGUGUGGUAGGACAAUGGCAAGAUGAGCCUGUGCAUGAGGAACUCAUGGGGCACUUCUUCCCCGUAAUGCUGCAUUACCUAUAGGACCCAGUGUUUACUACAGUGUAAAUGUUUAUAUGGACACAGAACCGCAUCACUAAAAUAAAGCCUUUCUACUUGUGGGUGCAAUAGAUUCCUUCUUUUUCCUUUGCAGUGUCAUCUUGAUUGUAUAUUGAAAAUACUGUGUAAUGAUGAAAUCAUAUUAUAAAUAUUUCAACUAAUUUUACUCUGAAUUUGUUUAUUAAAAGCUUUUUGAACAUUAAAUUAUUAUUUCUUCAGUGCAUUUAGAAGUUAUUUAGAACAGAAAACAAAAAUGCCAUUCAGGCCUCUUCUCCCCGGGUAUACCGUUUUAGCAUAUGUAUUAUGUGAUUGGAAUUGAGGCAUUUUAGUGGACAAUAUCAUAAUUUUUAUCAUGGAAAGUGUAUUUAAUGUCUGUGUCAUGUAUAUGCCAAAAUUUUAAUCCUCUAUAAAUAAACCAUGUGUCACAAAA